AUGCGGCAUUCCACAUAUCUAAAGGCUAUCCUUUCGGUCUCUGCCAGCAUAGCCGCUGCAUCCCCUUCAGCUCAACAAUGGGCCGAGAGAUCGAUCUAUCAAGUGAUGACGGACCGUUUUGCCAGACCUGCCGGAUCUUCAAAUGAGCCCUGUGAGCCCUACAAAUACUGUGGAGGUUCAUGGGUCGGGAUCAUUGAUAAGCUGGACUAUAUUCAAGAUCUGGGGUUCACGGCUGUUCAAAUCUCUCCAGUCGUGGAGAACAUCCCUGAAGAUACCACAUACGGAGAGGCAUACCAUGGACGCUGGCCGCAAAACCUGUAUGCUCUGAAUGAUCACUUUGGGACAGCAGACGAACUCCGAAAAUUGGCCAAAGAACUGCACAAGCGAGGGAUGUAUUUCAUGGUGGAUGUUACCAUCAACAACAUGGCACAAGCCUUUAACCACUCAGUUUCUGAAAAUGAGCAGCCUGAUCUUGACUGGUCUCGACUCACCCCCUUUGAUGAAGAACAGUACUACCACCCGUACUGCAAGGUUGCGGAUUCAAAUGACCCGGAGAGUGUUGAAAAGUGCUGGCGUGAUCUCGAAGUCGUUGCUCUUCCUGACCUCAACACCGAGAACGACAAGGUUGCGUCCAUGAUCCAAGAAUGGGCGAAGGGACUAGUUGGCAACUACUCGAUUGAUGGCCUCCGUGUUGAUUCUGCAAGAAACAUGAAUGAUGCCUACUUGACUAGUUUUAGCCGGGCCGCCGGUGUGUUUACUAUGGGAGAGGUCGACACCGAGAGUACAGGCGAUGCCUGCAAAUACGAAGACUUCAUGUCCGGUAUUUUGAACCAACCUCUUCACGAGCCCAUGGUGCAGGCUUUCACUGCAGGAGACAUGCAAGGACUUGCUGAGGAGGUCCGGUCGCAACACAGCAAAUGCCGUGACUUCACCCGGCUCGCGACGUAUACGGAGAGCCAAGAUCUGCCACGAUUUGCGGCCUUGACCAAUGAUACAAACCUGGCUAAAAAUGCCAUGGCCUUUAACAUCUUAUCUGACGGCAUACCCAUUGUCUACCAAGGUCAAGAACAGCACUUGCAAGGCCCAGAGGCCCCGUACAACCGCGAGCCCCUGUGGAAGACCGACUACAACUCACGCAACCCACUCUACAACACAACAAGAACCCUGAACAAGCUCCGCAACCACGCCAUCCGUCUCGACAAACAUCACGCAGCCAACCACAGCAAAGAGCUAUAUGUCGACGGAUCCACCUACGCCACACGAAAGGGCGCUGAAGGCUCUCAGAUUGUAUCUGUCUUCUCUAACCUGGGCGCGAAGGGUGGCCGGUACAAUCUCUCUCUCCCGGGGGCUUUCGCUCCCGGUACCGAAGCAGUGGAUGUUCUGAGCUGCGAGACAGUGACUGCCGACGACGAGGGCAAUGUUACCGUUGAGAUGAAUGCUGGAAAACCAAAGGCCUUCUUCCCAGCUAAGAAGAUGAAUGGUUCGGGGCUGUGUGGGUACCAGAGACGCAAGAACGCGCUCACUCCGGCUGUUACCACGCCUAAUAUUACGCCUACGGUGACGAAUGACCAGACCGUGGGUGAGGAUACACCCGACGACUAUGUCUCAUCUGCGAGCGACUCUACGGUGUCUUAUAUCAUGGUUCUUCUGUGUGCUUUUUCUGGAGUUGCAAAUUGGCUUCUUUAA